AUGUGGAACGAUGAAGACAAUAAUCCAUACGGCACCAGCUUUGAGCGAAGAGACUCAAUAACCUCCUCAAAUGCUAUUCCAAACUCACCUGGAUCUCAACAUGAUUUUGGCAGGCCGCACACUCCUUCGACCAUCAGUGAAAACCACGAUAAUGUACCAGAUCAGCGCAACCUAAGUUACGAUACGAGUGAGGCUGGAAGUGAUGAGGAUUAUGGCGAAGCAUCUCAAGCUACAAGAAGGCAGAAGAAAGGAGGUUAUGAUAGUCGCAUUGAACAAAUUCUCUAUGAGAAUCCGGAACUACCUAUUCUGAUUGUCGAUGCUGGAAAGAGUUCUGAGAGUGGAGGGAAAUAUAUUGUGUAUACAAUAAGAACUGGAGAUCUUGAAGUUCGUCGGCGCUAUUCCGAGUUUGCGUCUCUCAGAGAUGCGCUCUCUAGAUUACACCCUACUUUGAUCAUUCCACCUAUUCCGGAGAAGCAUACAAUGGCGGAUUAUGCUGCGAACCCAACAAAGGCCAAGCAGGAUCAACAGAUCAUAGAUCUUCGAAAGCGCAUGUUGGCUGUAUUCUUAAACAGAUGUAGGAGAAUGGAUGAGGUACGUAAUGAUGGGGUUUGGUGGAGAUUUUUAGAUCCAAACGCAAGUUGGAGCGAAGUCUUACAUUCCCAUCCCAUCGCAUCAAUUCCAAAAUCCAACAUGAAGGCCCCACCACUCGACCCCGCCAACCCCACACCUGCUCACGCAUUUCUACCUGUACCCGCAACAUCGGCGAAACUCAAGGCGGCUUCUACAGCAAAUACCAAUGCUCAAGGUAUGAUAGCACAGCCUUCCGAUUAUGCUGCUACUCCUUCCGCCGCGGCGCAUACUCAAUCCGGACCACAAGUCUUUGGUAGGAUCCCACCGGAAAGUGCAAAUUUGAGUGAACAAGAUUUGGAUCCAUACUUCAUAAGCUUUGAGUCUUCCACAAAGGAUCUAGAAUUAUUGUUGACUGGACCUAUUGAACGAGUAAACCGGAGGACUUUGACUCACUUGUCUUCCUUGUCGACAGAUUUGGCAGAACUUGGCGCUAGAUUCAAUGGCUUUUCACUCUCGGAACCCUCGGCAUCUCUUGCAGCAGCUAUUGAAAGAGUUGGUCAAGCUGUAGAUUCCUCAUACAUUGCGACUGAGGAACUUUCUGCUUCUUUAGGUGCAAGUUUUGCCGAACCAAUGCGAGAGAGUGCACAAUUUGCUGGAGUAGUUCGUAGUGUUUUGAGAUAUCGCGUUCUAAAGAGGGUACAGCAAGAGAUGACUAACGAGGACUUGGCCAAGAAAAGGGCUCUCCUAGAACAACUGGAAAGAAGUGAGGCUGAAUCUAAGAGAAUCGACCAAUACCUUAGCAAUAGUGGAACUGCUAAUGUACCACGGCGGUCAAAUUCAUCUGCGAGAGAACCGCCACAAUCAAGUCGCGAAUCACCACAUGAUGACACAGCAUCGAUUGAUUCUGACUUUCCUCCCACUCAUGGCGAUACUCCUUCUGCAUCACAAGGUAUUCCUCAACCUGAGGAAAUACCUCCUACUCAUCGAAAGAGCUCCAGUGGAAAUUUCAUCACCAAUAAGAUUUUUGGCCGCAUAAGUCAUGCAGUUCAUGGUGUUGUUGAUGCUGACCCGGAGCGAACACGGAGGGAUCAAAUUAGCAAGACUAGGGAAGCAAUUUCACAAUUGGAACAAGCUCAACUGGCAUCUGCACAAGAUGUAAAAGAUGCAAGUGCUGGUGUGCUCAAGGAUUUGCAGAGAUUCCAAACAGAGAAAGAGGACGACUUGAAGAGAUAUAUGCUUGCCUACGCCAGAUCUCAGAUCGAAUGGGCCAAGAAAAACAAAGAGACUUGGGAGGAAGCUAAAGUUGAAGUGGAGAAGAUAGAUGCUAAUUAA